GGGAGGGAAAGACCUGGCUCUGGCGGAAGCCACACACCAAGGCAGCCUCGGCACCAGCUGAGUUUCCCAAGAGGCAUUCAGAUUCUGUGAACUUUCUAAGCAUCCUCUCUCAAAUUUCCUUUCAGCGUAAAAGAAGGGGCACAGGGACCACAGGACAGGAAACCGCAGAAGAUGCUGGCCUGGGAUCCAGGAGACAUGGAAGAGGAGAGUCGGGGGAGGGGAAGAGCCGGAUAGGCAAUCUGUUCGGAAGCUAGCAAGCAAAGGAGCGGGGGAUUCCAGGAUGAGGGAGGCAGAGCCGUUCGUCUGCGGCAGAUUGAUGUCUGUGUCCUUGGAACAGAAGUGACUUCUGCCUCUGCCUGCUGAGUGCACAGCUAAGCAUGGUGACAGCUUUGAAGACAUAGAUGAUGCUUUUCUAACUGACCCCUACCUGUGCCUCCAGACUCAUGGCAUUUUCCAGAUUCAGUGGUCCAGACAGUGGAUGUCACUUGGGACUCACCCCCCUCUGGGAAGCAAAGAGCAUUCCUUGAGAUUCCAGAGGCCACUGAGACUGAAUAGUCAGGCUUUCGGGAGGCCCAUGGGAACAUACUUCUCCAUCCUAAAUCUCUGGCCCCAGGUCUUUUGUGAACUCAUGCCUACUGGGCCACCAGAAAAAAUGGCCUCUGGGACCUUGAAUGCUGGAGAUCAAGGUGCCGUUCUGACUUCCUAAUCAGUCCCAGACCUAGGACAGGGCUUAAGUUUUCUUAGAUGAAGUGCCAGGACCUUUAAAGGGCACCUUUCAUCUCCCUCACAUCCUCCUCUGCCCCACCUGUCAGACACAGCACAAGAGGAAGCAUCCAGCAGGCAUGGGUGACCAAAGCACAAAAGAUCUGCAGGGACCCUUCCAGGACCUGCUGACAGCUGUUCCAGCUCCAUCCUUAUUCCCCUCUUUUCUUAAGCUUUGAUCAUCCUUUCAGACCCUGGGGUACCUCAACUGGAUUCUUGCUCCCCAGGCUCUACAAAGGGCCAUCCUAUGGAUCUUAGGAAGUCCUUGGGUGUUUAGAGGCUCCCAAGGAAGUGUUGCACCAUGAUAGCACUCUCUCAGAAGCUCCACCUUCCAGGCUCAGGCCUCUAAUGUAGCAGCAUCCCUGUACCUUGACUGUUGGACCUAGGGACACUGCUAGCAUGGGCUCCCUACAGCACUGCUGCUGCCAGCUGCCAAAGAUGGGUGACACUUGGGCCCAGCUUCCCUGGCCUGGGCCUCCCCACUCAGCCUUGUUGCUGGUCUUCUUCCUCUUGGCAGCUGGGGUGAUGCACUCUGAUGCGGGUACCAGUUGCCCAGUCCUUUGUACAUGCCGUAACCAAGUAGUGGACUGCAGCAACCAGCGGCUGUUCUCCGUACCCCCGGACCUGCCAAUGGACACCCGCAACCUCAGCCUAGCCCACAAUCGCAUUGCAGCCGUGCCGCCAGGCUAUCUCACAUGCUACAUGGAACUCCGCGUGCUGGAUUUACGAAACAACUCCUUGAUGGAGCUCCCCCCUGGCCUCUUUCUUCAUGCCAAGCGCUUAGCACACCUGGACCUGAGCUACAACAACCUCAGCCACGUGCCUGCUGACAUGUUCCGGGAGGCUCACGGACUGGUACAUAUCGACCUGAGCCACAACCCCUGGCUGCGGAGGGUGCAUCCCCAGGCCUUCCAAGGCCUCGUGCAACUCAGAGACCUGGACCUCAGCUAUGGAGGCCUGGCUUUUCUGAGCCUUGAAGCCCUUGAGGGCCUCCCGGGGCUGGUGACCCUACAGAUCGGGGGUAACCCAUGGGUAUGUGGCUGCACCAUGGAGCCCUUGCUGAAGUGGCUGCGGAAUCGGAUACAGCGCUGUACAGCGGAUUCUCAGCUGGCUGAGUGUCGGGGUCCCCCUGAAGUUGAGGGUGCGCCCCUCUUUUCACUCACUGAAGAGAGCUUCAAGGCCUGCCACCUGACUCUGACCCUGGAUGAUUACCUCUUCAUCGCAUUUGUGGGCUUUGUGGUUUCCAUCGCUUCUGUAGCCACCAACUUCCUCUUGGGCAUCACGGCCAACUGCUGUCACCGUUGGAGCAAGGCCAAUGAAGAAGAAGAGAUUUGACACAGGUGCCUCUCAUCCCUCCAUGCUGCUGCCACUGCUUCUGACCACUGGACACCUUGUAUCACGGUGUCCUGGCCACCUCCAUCAUAGCUCAAACAAGGUUGGAAAGCUAACUUUGUAUGGGCAUCUAUCCACUUUGAGCCAGGCACUGUGCUAGCAACUAGGAAUGAAAGACAAAUUCAAUUCGGUCCCUGCCCUUGAGGUACUUACUUCUAAUAAAGAAAAGCAAUUCCAAAACAUCCUUUUAUGACAAAAUGCCAGUGCUCUGAGCACACAGUAAUGGAACACAAGUUGGAGGGUCCAUCAUCUGUGCCUCACAAAGUUCAAGAAGAAUUGCAGGAAUUAUCUGCUAAGUAGAUAGGGAAGGAGGAAACAUAGCAAAUGAUAGAACAAAGUGUGCAGGUUGUGUUGAGAGCAGCACACUGUUCCUUGUGGUAUGUGAGGUAUGUGGAAAGAGAAGAUAUGUGCAAAGCAAAGCUUUCCCCUGACACCCAGGUUUUCAGUUCCCACUGCUGCCUGCUACUGCCCUCCAGGAGUGAGAUAGCCUCCACCAGGAGUGAGAUAGCCUCCAUGCCAGACACCUUGACCUUCUCCCACUAGCAGCUUCGGAGUGAAAGGACCUCCUAGUGACUUCCCUAUACUGCCCCAAUUACAGUCUAAUUGUGAGGUAAUCACCCUCAGCACCCUUCCUCCUGUCCCUGUCUCUGCUUCUGACUCAAGCCUUAUCUUCAAAGAAAAGGCAGGAUGCCUCACAAUAAGGCAGCAAAAGUCCUGGCACCCUGGGACCCCAAUUUAUGUGACUGUUCUUUCCAUGGUGCUCACACCAAAGGAACUCACCAGGAAAGUGCACUGUAGGGUACAGAUCCUAGCAUGAGAGUGUCCCGGGCAGGGGGACAAAGCCACCACAUUCAUACCCACAGGAUGGUAUGUCUUCUCUCCUUAGUAACUCACUCGAUUGAGCAUAAAGGAAGAAUAGCUAUUAAUUGCAGAUUCUUGCCAGUGUCAGGCAGUGUGAUAAGCUCCCUCCUCAACAGUUUCCUUUCACACUUACAACAGCCUUUCAGAGGGAUUUAUUGUUCCCAUUUGGCAGAUGAGGUCAUCAGGCUCAGAAAAGAUAAGGUAGCAUGCUAUGUCUUGAUCAAAAUAAAAUCAGUAUCCUUCACCACAAUUCUUUCUAAAGCUACAUAAGUUCAAGUUCAAGCCAUGCUAAUGAAGUUGCUGAUAAGGACCAGGCACUCCUCUGGGCGUGGUUCUAUUUUCUGAUUCAUCUCUUGCCAUUCUCACAGCCAAGGAGUUUUUGUCAUUCCCACUUUCCAGUUGAAUUCAUUGCGGAGAGCCGGGGCACUUACCCAAAUUAUCUGUAUAAACAAAGAGUAUGACAGGUGACUCCAUUGAGGAAAUUUAUAUCUAAUCAGUCAGACACUAAGGACUCUGUGGGAAACACGAUGCUCACCGUCUUUGUCAUCAUCUUCAUCUUCCUCAUCCAUGUCACCUGCUUCAUCGUGAUCUUCCCUGUCUCCCUGGGCACUGGAAAGUCUAGGAUGCUUCUUUUGUAUUCAUCUCCUGUGUGAGGAACAAAUCAAAAUGCUGUUUUACAGAUGAAAAAACAGAGGCUAAAGGUUGGGUAUGCCUUCAGCCUAAGGCUGGACUCGGUUCGGUCAUGGUUCUCUUUCCAGUGCUUCCUCAGGCACCUGGUGAAAGAGAAUGUUCUCGAAGCUUGCAUAGCAGGACUCUAGAAUUCAGCACUCAUUAUAACAAUAAUAAUCACAAAAAAAAAAAAAACAUUAAAAGGCAGUAAAGCCCAGCUGUGCCCAGAUUGUGCUCCCAGUGGGGCAACUUCAGUCUCUAAAACAAAAGCACCACAAGUGAUAUCUAAACAGAAGAUGCCUCUUUAACAGUAUGAGCACAUCAUUAGAAUGGUGGCUAUGAUGACUGUCUUUUUCUUUCUCAAUCAGAUCUUUGGAAAACAGGAGAUGUACCUCCUACUGUGUUGUGUUGCAAGAGAAACUGAAGGAUCUGAGAAAAUGAUAGGUGAGGACCCCUGUACAGGAGAUGGGGAGACCCAUCUGAGUAGGUCCAGUUCUGUUAGCAAAACUGGCUUGGGUAAAAAAAUGAAAACAAGAGCUUUCUAUCUUGGCUCCAACCCUAGCAAGCAUCCACCAUCCGCUCCCCCACCCAGCUGCCCUAAAAUGCAUGGAGAAGGAGAACAUAUCAUAUUCUAAGUCAUCUGCAUUGAUCUAAUCAACCAAAAGAGAACCUGGAAGCUUCUCCCCUCACUCUUGCUUUUAAUGCCUAGGCCAGAGCUCUGCUCCCAUGAAAUAUGACAUAGAACUAUGCCCUGCUCUUCCUGACCACUCAACUGUGGCCAACAAUGGUAGACUUCAGCUAUUAUCCACAAGCUAAGCUUAUUGCAUAAAGUGUUUUGGAAAGGAACUUAUAGAAAUAGUAUUUCUGAUAAAAAUCAUUUAACUCUCCAUAGAAGAACACCAUGCUCACUUAUAGUAAUCUCCUGAACACUACUGUUUACUGAAUUAUAGUUACUAUAUUUUAAGAUAUACUACUGUUUUACAUAGAAUUAGAACCAGACAAGACACCAAAUGCCUCUUGAGAUCAAAUGUUCUUUUGAGUGGCACAAUUUGAUCUCCAUUAAUGGCAAAGACUUCUAAGCAAGAUAUAUCAAGACAAUGUUUCUUCAGCUUCUAAAAGGUCCCCAGUUAACUAAGGCACAAGAAGAGAGACAUUCAGCCUCCACACUAACGUGGAAUUAUAAUACUACCACCAUCCUGUUCAGGCUGUCAGAACUAAGUGUCUAGAAAUAGUCUAAUAAUCCUUAAGGCAAAUGUUUACAUAUCCUGGUAAUGACAAGCCCAUUAUGAUGUCCCCAUGAAGUUUUGUUCAGUUUUUUUCCACACUGGCAAAUGUGGGAUCAUUUGUUUGUCCAUAUGUGUACCUAUGGUUCGUUUGUGUUGGCUAUCUGCUGACUUGGAGAAUAUUCCUCUGGAACUUGGGUUCAAACUCUGACACAGUACACUCAGCUAUCAAGUUGGUACACAAACAUGAACCCUACCCAUUUGUCUAGCUGCUCAGGAAAUAUGAAAAGAGCCAAUACUAUAGUAGAAACAAUCUAAUGAGAACCUGGCUCCUCCCUAUUUCCCUCUGUUCUCCUCUGUCCCCUAGAGACUUUUACCCCUCACAGAGGUUUUCUUUAUGCUGUGUCUGAAGAUAUCAGGUCAUAACUAACCAACAAGAUUAUGGUGGCCAAGGGCUAGCCAAUAAAAUUCUUCUUGAGAAAAGAUCCCACAUCUGCACCACACUGUUCUGGACCAUGCCUCUCUGGUUAUCCUCAGGAUACCAACUCCCUUUCCAUUUUCACCAGUAUUCCAAUAGAAACAUGAAGAAAUAGGUUACCCAGAGAUGCUAUGGAGUUUCCAUGGUCUCGGUUAAAGGUUUGAUGUAAUGUAUUUGAAGAGAUCAGGACAUGUAUUUCAUUGCAACCUUUAAGGCCAAUGGCUCCAUUGUCUCCGUUCAUAUAUAUAUGCUGCCAUUCUUUCCAGUUAUAGAAGAGCACAAAAAGAUAUCUUGUUCAUUCCUCAAAGCUGGGGAACCUUGUCUUGUUUUGUAUACUCCAGAAGGAGGCAAAAGGAAGUAAAGGAGGCAAAACCCAGAAAACUUUUGUAAAUCUCGGCACUGGUUGGGAGCUGGGUCCAUAGACCUCUCAGUUUUCCUAAGCCCUGAUGUGGUGGGAGGGUUAGGGAGGAGUUGGGAAGAUGCCAACCUUUGUAUGGAAAUUAUUUUAUAACCAUGCACUUUUGUAACUGUGAAGAAUUUUUCAUAAAUGCACAUUAAUAAUAAAAAAGUGUAUAGUUUAAC